CACUAGCCAUGUAUAUGACAAACAUAUGUAGAGUUCCGUUUACUCCACGUUGCAUGUGUAUGAAAUUUAAAAUGCCUUGUUAUGGUUGGGCUCUACUUCAUUUGUCGUCUUAGAACAAUUAAGAUAUAACAUAUGUUGAAAAAUCAUCAAGGUAGUUCCUUAUAAAACUAUCUGUUUUUGUUCAUAUCAAAAUAUAAUUCACUUCAUAAGAGUAUUUCUCAAAUUGUGUAUCACUAGAGAUCUUUCUAAUAUAUAUAGCUCAAUGGCUGAAAAUUUUAGCUCAAAAACACAUGGACAAAAUGGUGUGCAUGAAUCCAAGGGCGAAGGUACAGUCGACGAAGAGUUGUCAGUUGGCCAAAAUGGUACGCAACACGUCAAGGGCGGAGCUACAACCAGCGAAGGGUUGUCAAUUGGCCAAAAUGGCACGCAAAACAUCAGGGGCGGAGUUACAGUCAGCGAAGGGUUGUCAAUUGGACAAAAUAGUGUGCAAGCCAUCAGGGGCGGAGCUACAACCGGCGAACGGUCGUCAAUUGAACACCCUUCAUCGAAAAAUUAUAGUACUGUAGCGAAAUUCCUGACUCUGCCACUGCAAGACGAUGCCCGAGUAGCUGUUGUCAUGGUGCCGCUUCCAGCACAAGGCCAUCUCAACCAACUCCUCCAUCUCUCCAGACUCAUUUCCAUGUACAAUAUCCAAGUCCAUUACAUUGGAUCCACAACUCACAUUAAACAAGCAAAAAUUAGAGCUCAUGGCUUUGAUCCACUCACCAUAACAAAACUUCAUUUCCAUGAAUUUCAUCAAACGCCUUCUUUUGAAACUCCCCUGCCUAAUCCUAAUGCUUCUCACAAAUUUCCAAACCAACUUAUGCCUUCAUUUUAUGCCACAUCCCAUCUCCGCGAGCCAGUUUGCUCGCUAGUGCGCGAACUUCUAAGCACGAAUAUUGGCAAAGUUGUUGUUAUUUAUGAUAGUUUGAUGAAAUGGGUAGUUCAAGAUUUGCCACAAAUGCCAAAUACAGAAUGCUACUCUUUCAAUAGUACCUCAGCCUUCAUGAUAUAUUCAUUUUUGUGGGAACUCAAAGGAAAGCCUUUUCAUCCUGGAACUGAAAAUUAUGAGGAUAUUCCAACAAUUGGAGAUUGUUUUCCUCCAGAGUUUUGGGAAUUUUUGAAGAUACAAGAACAAUUUGAUGGGAAGAUCGAUUGUGGUGAACUUUACAAUUCAUCAAGAGUAAUAGAAAGUUUGUACCUUGAUUUAAUGGCCAAAGAAUAUGAUGGCAUGAAGCAAUGGGCUAUAGGUCCAUUCAAUCCAUUGGAGAAAAAUGAGAAGAGCAAAGACUCAAACAAACGCCACGAGUCCCUCGAUUGGCUUGACAAACAAGAACCAAACUCGGUUAUUUUCGUGUCAUUUGGCACGACUACUUCGUUGUGUGAUGAAGAAGUUAAAGAGCUUGCGGUUGGACUAGAGAAGAGUCACCAAAAGUUCGUUUGGGUACUCAGAGAUGCUGACAAAGGAGAUGUUUUUACAAGUGAGGUUAGAAAAGUACAAUUGCCUCAAGGAUAUGAAGAGGGAAUAAAAGAAAGAGGGAUUAUAGUAAGAGAUUGGGCACCCCAGUUGGAAAUUUUAGCACAUAGUUCAACGGGCGGUUUUAUGAGUCAUUGCGGUUGGAAUUCAUGCAUGGAGAGUAUGUCCUUUGGAGUUCCUAUAGCAGCAUGGCCAAUGCAUUCGGAUCAGCCAAGGAAUUCUCAACUUGUAACGAAGUACUUGAAAAUUGGACUAAUUGUUAGGCCAUGGGCAAGUCGUGAUGAACAUGUUACAUCAGAGAUGGUUGAAAAUGCUGUGAAAACAUUGAUCACUUCAAAAGAGGGAGAUGAGAUGAGGAAAAGAGCAGCAGAUUUGAGGAAUGCUAUUAAAAAAGCAGUGGCUGAUGGGGGCAUCAACCGCGCUGAGAUGGAUUCUUUCAUCGCUCACAUUACUCGCUAAUUUUUCUUCAAUGGAAAUUUAAUGGAAUGGCAUCUUUGGAAGUUCAGUUCAUUUUUCAACAA